GUGUGUGUGUGUGUGCGUGCGCGCGGGCGUGCUCGCUAGUGAAAUCACACGUCUUAUAUAAAAAUUGUAAUGUUUUUUGUUUUAACUUCUUAAUCUUUUCACUCUCUUGAGAGAGAGAGAGAGAGAGAGAGAGAAAGAGAAAGAGAAAGAGCAAUCUCACGUGAAAAAAAAUAGAUCUAGUAGCAAAUACAUGUCCACCUCUCCUUAUGAAGGAGGUAUGUUCUGGUCUAGAAAAUGGCAACUUGCGUGUUCCUAAACAGCGAGUCUUACAAUCUUGUGUGUUCUAAAGUGCACAGAUUGUCUCGUUUAAUUGAACUUUAUCGAUGGAUAAUUGAUGCAUAUGUAUCGGAUUUCUACACCUUACAGCAUUGGGAAAAGCUACCCAAAUGUGUGCAAGAGUAUUUUGAUGGGUGCAGUCCUUCUGAAUUGUGUUGGCUGCUUACAACAGAUGAGAAGCAGUUACAUGUUCAUCAAGAAAGAGUAGCACCUCUGUGCUUACUUGCUCUUCAGUGCAGUCUGGAGGCAUUAUCUCUUAGGCGAACUGCUGUUGAUGUGACCUCCGAGGAAGCAGUGAAUGGCAUUUGCAAUGUUCUUAAUAAAACUGACAGAGAGGCUGCAGCUGAUAAGGAAGGAGACAAAUCUGAAUUGCCUAAUUCAAAACAUUUUGACAUCAAGAGCAAACCCUCUCGAGCACCACAGUACAAAAAUGGUCAAAAUAUGGAUAUGAAACACAUAUUCAGAAAGCAUGUGAAACCCAAAAAGCAGCAUGAAAUCCAGAAGUUGGGACAGACUAUUUCUCUCCUAGCUGAGACCGCAAACUGCAGCCAUGUUGUGGAUGUGGGUGCUGGCUUGGGUCACCUGUCUAGACUUCUGAGUUUUCAGCAUGGACUUCAUGUUACCACAGUGGAGGCUGCUGAUGGACAUGCCCCAAAAGCUGCCACUUUUGAUAGGGAGAUGAAGAAGGAAAUACACAAGGCACUGUUAAAGAGAAAAGCUGAGAACUUGGCUGAGGGUCCUGUUACCGAGGUGUCUGAUGAACCUGGGCAACAUGGUAAAAAAUCUGGUUCUCCAGAUGAUGAACCCAAAUCUGGCAACCUCCAGUCAUCAUCAGAUACACCUCUGCGAGAUCAUGAAAGGAUGGUUGGCUUGGAACGCGAGGCUACUCCUGAUCAAUCUGAGCGUCUCAUGGAGAGUCCUGUUGAAACGGGAGCUACUGCAGAGGAAGAUACCAGUCUGCCCCAUCAUCUUGUGUGCUUAAUCCAGCCUGAUAUAGCUGCCUCACAGUUUAUGGAAAUACUGAGUACAAGAACACAGAAAGUGAACGCAGAAGGCUCACAAGAAGCCUGGGGUCCCCAGUUUGUGUUGGCUGGACUGCAUGCCUGUGGCGACCUGACGCCGACCUUGCUGCGAGUGUUCACCGAAUGUCCCACAGCCGUUGGUCUUGCCUCUGUGGCCUGCUGUUACAUGAAAAUAGCUGCUACAUCUUGCCCUGCUGAUGAGAGUUCAAAUGGGCCUCCAUCUUCUUUAGACAAUUACCCCAUGAGUAGUGUUCUGAAAGCCAUACCUCAUCAUCAUCUGACUUACGAGGCAAGAGAAAUGGCGUGCCAUUUUGCAGAUGCGUACAGAGAUCGUCUUGAAAAGAGUCCACCACAUUUGAAGAUCCAUUCCUACAGAGCAGCCUUCCAGUAUCUUAUAACGCGGGUCAUGCCGGACUUCAAAAGUGGACAAGCUCGAUUUGUGAGCAAGAAGGGAGCUGAAGGAACGUUUACCCAGUAUGCCAAAGACAACUUGAAGAAAGUGGGCGUGGAUUUCUCAACAGUACCUCCGGAGUUGCUCCAUGAAUGCGAGAGUAUGGCUUCAAAGUGGAUGCCUGUGGUGGGCUUCUACACACUGCGCCUGAGUUUGGCACCGGCGGUGGAGACCUUGCUGCUUCUGGAUAGGAUGCUGUUCCUCUUUGAGAAAGGCAUCCCAUCAGUGUUAGUGCCAAUAUUUGACUCCAGCAUUUCACCGAGAAAUUUUGCAUUAUUAGCUGUGAAACCAAAGGGAAACACUGAAAUGUAUUGCAGUUGACAUUCCAAAGUUAUGUGAUAUUUCAAUGUCUCUAUCUACUUAAUAAAAGGAAGAAGUUCUUGUUUC